UCCAAAGUCAAGAAUUAUUCAAGGUAUGGAUCAGAACAGCAGCAGUAAGGACCUGAUUCUUAUUGAUAGCGACCACAAUGCGAAGAGUAUGAGGAUGACAAUAGUGCAGGUGUUUGUGUGGUUCUUCAUCUGUGUUGACAUGCUCAUGCUCUUCACCUUCUUCAGUAAGCAGGCUUUCCGGAGCGAUGCACGCUACAUCCUGUUUGCUCACACCCUGAUGGCUGACUGUCUACUCCUGCUGCUCACUGACCUGGUGGUGCUGCUUGGCUACUUCACUGUGCUUUUGCCUGUGGGUCGCUGCAUUGUGCUCUGCAUUCUCAUGGGGAUCGUUGUCAAAAACACGCCCUACACCAUCACUGCUAUGUGCCUGGAGCGCUACGUGGCCAUCUGCAUGCCGCUUAGACACGCCAGCAUCUCCACCACCGGCAGGACCAUGGCUGCCAUCGCUGUCAUCUGGGCGUGCAGCUCCGUCCGGGCCUUCAUGGAUCUCAUCAUCGUCACCGUCACGGCCCCGCCAGAAUACUUCGACAGGCCUGCCUCUUGCCAUUACGAGAUAGUGCUGGUGGCCAGGUGGCACAAUCUCAUGUACGCCAUACUCAAUCAGAUGGAAUUCGGUAUUAUCGUGAUUAUCGUACUGUUCUGCUACACCAAGAUCAUGCUGGCGGCUCGGAGCGCCUCCUCAGAGAGCAAAGAGUCUGCGUCGAAGGGGCGACGCACGCUCCUGUUCCACAGCCUGCAGCUCAUUCUGUGCAUGGCCGACCUGUGGGUCCCUUUCAUAGCAGCUGCUGUCAAGGAGCAAAGUAUAAGCUUGUUCCUGCACGUCCGAUUCAUCAAUUUUAUCAUUAUUACCAUUAUCUCAAGGGCCCUGAGUCCCCUCAUCUAUGGCCUUAGGGAUAAAACGUUUUGCCUUGCCCUGAAAUAUUACCUGAGCUGCAAGGCCUAGCCCCUCUCUGGAGAAAUGUAGCAGCUUAGAAUGAAUGUGACACAGAGAAAGCCACAGUUGAAAAUACUUCCAUGUGCGCAUGUAUCUUGACCCAAAAAGAUUCAACAAAAAUGUGGAAAUUUGUUAAGUAUGCAUGAGUUUUAAUGAAGAGGUGAAAUUAAUAAAAUGUGACCCUAAUUUGCAGUAUGUUAUAGCCUUUGCAUCUUGAAGUUCUAGUCAUUUCAUAUUUCAUAAAUUAAAUCUAAACCAAAAUUAGCCAGGAUACUGAUCCCAGUACAUUUAAAAAAUUGCAAUUCAGCAAACCUGUAACCAAAGUUUAGUCACAAGCACAGAAGCUGUGUGCGCAUGUCCUGAGCUUGAUAUCAAUUGAUAUCAAUCCCUCAGAAAAUAAAAAAGGUCGCACAAUUUUCUGGAAAAGAGUUAUGAAAUUGUUCAUAUGAACGCCCAUUACUCAGCAUUUUUCUAAUGUCUGUUAGUUUUUAAUCUAAUUCUUUAAAAUGAAAAUGUAACUAGUGUAUCAGGAAUCAUAGCUUUUUUUUUGCCUUAGCACAUUUAGUUGUUCAGUGUUUAAUGGUAUUGAACAUGAACAUUUUGUGGUUCUCCAGCAGCACAAAAUCACAAACCAGCACUUCUGUGACUUUGAGUGGCAUCUCAUGGCUGACUGUAGGUCACUUUUUCACUCUUGUAGGAAAUGGCUUUUAAGACAAACAGUUGCCAGCACCAGAUUGUAGGAAAUAUUGCCAUCUGCUGAUGACUGUAAGGGAAAAUACUUUGAUUCAUCUCAGUGUUGAGGUAUACGUGUGUCUUUACACUUAUACCUCAUUUUAACAACAGACUGUCACAUGUGAAAACUUGUUAUUUUAAUAUACUCACUUGAAAGGAUGAUUACCUGAAUUUGAAUAUCUUCGUUUUAUUGUGUGUACACUUUCGCCCCAAAUUUUUUUGAUAUUAUGCCUAAAUUGAGUGCUGUUUCAUAAUGACAAGUAAUUUUAGUGUACUUCUAGAGUGCACACAGCGAUAUUGUGACAAUACACAUAUGCAGUGGCAACCGAUUUUACCAUUUUGUGAGCCCGUUUCGAUUAAUAAUAAUAAUGCUAAUUCAGUGAAGUGAAUGUAUUUUGUAUUGAAUAAAAUGUGUCACUUAUGGAGUGGAUUUUGAUUGAACUGAGCUCAACAUACAAGUUGAAAAUACAAGUUAUAUAUGAUGUACUAUGUAACUGAAAUAUCCUUGUGUUCAGUUACCUUCCUCCUCUAUUGGGGGUCUGAGCCCAAAAGCCCCUGCUCUCCCCUGGCUGCUGCCUCACUGGGUUCCCAGGCAUCACAGGCCUCCCAGGCCCUGGGCCUUCUGAUGUGGAGACCCAACACUGUGUCUGUGCUUCUACACUGACCUCUGACCUCUGCUGCUACAAAUUUAGAUGAAUGAGGCAUUGAAAACUCAGGGAGGAAUCUGCAAGGAGCUUGUCUUUAUUCACAGCUCAUUCCCCAGCUCUGCAUGUCACUGAGUUUCAGAGAUACUGCAUUACUUACUCAUAUAAUACAAGCACCAGCAGCUUCAGAAUGUUCAAUAAGCUAAUUGUAUAGAGGAAUUUAAAUAUAGUGCUAUGCCCUUAUCAUUGUUACAUCUGUGAUAAAAAAAAUAAAAAAUUAUAUAU